AUCGUGCGCCUCCUCGCCCCAGACUUUGGUCUCUUCAUCUCUUGCCUCUUUGUACUGAGGAUGUGCAGAAAGCUGGUGCGCCCUGCACCUCAAGUCAGUCUCCAUGACAAUGGAAUCACAUCCUGUGACCCAGAGGAGGUAGAAACGUCUGACACAGACUCUGAAGGUGGAAGUGACAUCACUGAGGGGUCAACCUUUGACAGCUCAGAUGACAGCACGGUUCAGUCAGGUCCACCCCAAAUCAUCCAGAAGUUCAUAGUGUUUGCAGCUGGACUGAGGCUGCUACUGUCAGCCAUCAUGAACACAGCCGGGGAAGUAGUCGUGACCAUACUUCUGGGUGUGGCAGGUAUCACACUGCCCUCCCUAACCUCAGCUGUCUACUUUGGGGUAUUUCUUGGCUUGGUGUGGUGGUGGAUAUUCAGUUACUCCAUCACCCUGCUCCCCUUCAGUUCAUUGUGCGUCAUGAUGGCCAUCUUCAGUGCCGGACACGUACUGGCUCUGUACCUCUACCAGCUGCCUCUUUCACAGGAGAUUGUGCCACCACAAGACAUCUACACCAGACUGUUUGGAAUGACAGGAGUAAUCAGAACCAACAGUUCAGACCCGUACAGUCUUGGUCUUCAUCUCCAUGUCAGCUGGCCUGAUUUCGUCAAUCCUUUGGUUCUGCUGCUGCUGUAUUACACACUGAUAGCUCUGCUGCACAAAUGGGUCAACAUCACAGAGGAGGCUGCUGGUGAUCAUGAAGGGUUUGAGAGUCCAGUUGAAAGUCCAGAGAUCCCUCCCAGCUUCUCCAGGGUCAUCUACAUUUCAGGAGACAAGCAGGAGCUUUUAAGCAGCACUGAUGAAGAAACCUAUCUCCCUGACGAGCCAGUGAUCUUACUGAGGACGUGUGAGGAUGUCCACAGAAACCAGCUGGGAUCCCUGUUGGGAGGGGCCGGGUACACAAACUGUUACCCUCCACCACAGUAUGAAGACAGCGUCUCGCCAUCAGACAUGUCUGAAGAUGAGCCAGAAGUGAGGGAGGAGAGUGAUGAGGCCAUGAAGACUCCACCGGAGAGCUUGUCUCCUCCCCCAGGCCCCAGCAGUCUGGUCAUCUUUGGACGGCUUGUGCAAAAGCACAGCUAUGUCAGUGCCCUCAUCAUCAUGAUGGUCUGGAGCAUUACCUAUAACAACUGGCUUACCUUUGCUUUGCUGGUGUGGUCCUGUAUCAUCUGGAUGAUGAGGGACCGGCGGCGCUAUGCCAUGAUGUCUGCUCCUUUUCUGGCCAUCUACGGGACAGUUCUGGUACUGCUGGGGUUCAUGAGUGGGCUGCGUCUGAGCCGAUCCGAGCUGUACCCCGGUCUGCCCCCAGCUAUGAUAGUGGACUUUGACCUGAACAGUUACCAUCCUGCACCCUGCGUCCACCUGGGAGCAAAGGUUUUCUACAGCUUCAGCUUCUGGUUGAUGUGCCGUCAGCAGCUGAAGGAGAGACACGAGAAGAACAGCAUGAAGGAAGAAUCACUUGAUGAAGUCAAAGUCAUGACACCAGAGGAAAGUCAGCCGUCACCUCUGGUGGCGAUGUUGAUCUCAGGAGUGAAAGGAACGCUGGUGAAAUAUUGGAUCUUGUUCUGCUGCUGCAUGUUCUUUGUGGUCAGCUUCUCUGGCAAGGUGGUCGUCUACAAGAUCCUCUACAUUGUCCUGUUCCUCUUCUGUGUGGUCCUGUACCAGACCCGUUAUGAUGUGUGGCGUCGGGUCCUGAAGACGUUCUGGGCAGUCGUGGUGGGUUACUCCAUGGUGGUGUUGAUUGCUGUCUACAUUUACCAGUUCAGAAGUGUGUCUAGUCUCUUCAGACAGAUCAUGGGCAUGUCGGAGGAAGGUCUUCGAGACCUGGGUUUGGAGCGCUACGACACAGUGGAGCUGUUUGCUCGCAUCCUGCUUCCGGCUGUGUUCCUUUUGGCUUGUAUUCUGCAGCUGCACUACUUCAACACGGACUUCCUGACACUCACUGACCUGGACAACGUGCCUGUCAGACAGAAUUCCAGAGAGGAGGAGCUCAGGAAUUCUAUGAACAUGGUAUCCAAGACCAUUAAAGAAAAUAUUGAAAAGUUCCAGAAAAGGUUGGCAAAGGAACAGAAGGAUGGGAAAAGUCAGGAUACUCUGGACAGUGUCGGAUUGCGAAACUCCUCAGAGAAAGGAGCCGAGGAGCAGGUGGAGUCAGAAGGAGAAGGGACGUCUCCCCCCUCCUCCCACACAGAAAAAGUCCCGACCAGCCGCGAGGACCAGUGGGUUGUGAUUGUCGACCGGGCAAACUUGUUGCUCGUUCAGGCUCUGAUUGGACUUGGCCGGCUGCAGGAGCUCAGCUGGAGACUGCUGGAGCUCCACAGCUUCAAAGUCAUAUCCUCGGGCAUCAUCUGGGUGUCACUGCAAGAGGUUUCUCUGAUGAACUUGCUCUUCCUGGUUUUGUGGGUGUUUGCACUCCCGUUCCCACGGUUACGACCUUUGGCAUCCAGUAUUUCUGCUGUGUGGGCCUGUGUCAUGGUGGUGUGCAAAAUGUUCUACCAGCUCAAAGUCAUCAAGCCCCUCGACUACUCCUCCAACUGCACUGCUGUGCUACUACAAUCCAACAGCUCAGGACUGGAUUUUGGUCUGGAGCUGAGGAAGAACAUGGAAGAGCUGCUGAGGAGGUCUGUUCUCUACAUCAAACCUGUAGACCCGGUCUACUGGUGUGGAGCGCUCCGCAAGUGUGAGGGCCAGAUUCUUCCCUGUCUCAGGAAUCACUUGAUGGUUUUGGGGCUUCUUGUGUUUGAUGCCACCAUCCACCGCCAUCAGCUCUACUAUCGUCUCCAUAACAACCUGAAGGCUCCACCUUUCAGCAUCAUAUUCCUGGGCAUCACCAGGCAACAUCUGGAUCAUGGCAUGUUGCCAUGCAUCAAAUACUUUGUCAACUUCUGCUUCUACAAAUUCGGAUUAGAGAUCAGUUUAAUAGUAGCCGUCAAUGUGAUUGGUCAGAGGAUGGAUUUCUAUGCCCUGCUCCAUUCCUGUGCCUUACUGGCUGUGCUACUGCGGCGUCGCAGGAAGGCGAUCGGGGAGGUGUGGCCUAAAUAUUGCUGCUUCACAGCAGGACUCAUGGUGCUGCAAUACGUGCUCUGCAUCGGCAUACCUCCUGUCCUCUGUGUUGAUUAUCCCUGGAGGACCGCAGCUCAACCUUUGACCUCAAAUGUCAUCAAAUGGUUCUACUUGCCUGACUUUGCCAAGAGUCCCAAUCCUUCAUUCAUAUUCUAUGACCACCUCUUGCUGCUCUGCUCAUCUCUCCAGUGGCAGGUGUUUGAGGAGGAGAAUCGAGCAGUCGUGCGGCUGCUGGCUGGAGACAAUGUGGAGAUCAGUCGUAGUUUGGAUCCUUGCUCCUUCAACCAGUUUAUACCCGUCAACAACUUUCUCCACUGCAGGUGCUACCUUGACAUGGUCAAGGUUUUUGUUUUCAGCUAUUUCUUCUGGCUGGUUCUCUGUCUCAUCUUCAUCACCGGCACCACGCGAAUCAACAUCUUCUGUCUGGGCUACCUGGUGGCCUGUUUUUACUUCAUGUUGUUUGGAGGCAGCGUGCUGAUGCAGCCGGUCAGAUACAUUCUGCGCCUUUGGGACUGCCUCAUUGGAUACACCUGCUUUGUCAUCGCCAUGAAGAACCUGGUGUCUCUUGGUUCUUGUGCCUACCUGGGCAGCCUGCUGAAAAACGGCUGUUGGCUCAUUCAGGCUUUCAGUAUGUUCUGCACCAUCAAAGGCUACGACGUCCCGGAUCCUGAUGAUGAGUGCGAGCUGCCGAAGGGUGAAGCCGGCAUUGUCUGGGAUGCGAUCUGUUUCUCUGUCCUGCUGGCACAGAGGAGAGUCUUCCUCAGCUACUACUUUCUCUAUGUGGUGUCCGAGCUCAAGUCUUCUAAGAUAUUGGCCUCCAGGGGCGCUGAGCUGUUUGAGGCUAAGGUGAAGAAGCAGAUAGCAGCCAGACUGGAGCUGGAGAAGAAAUCUGUGGAGACACUGAAGAAACAGAUGGAGAAAAUCAAAUCUAAACAGAAGAAUCGACCCGCCACUAAAGACAAAAAAGGACCUCCUGCAGAUCAGGAGCAGUCCACAAAAGCUGACGAUGAGAAAGUAAACAGAGAUGGCGGAAAGUGGUGGAAGCCGUGGGUCUCUCAGCCUGGAGUGGAAAACAACUGUGGCUACCACCUGUUUGAGAGUGACAAUGAAGAGGAGGAGGAAGAAGAUCCAGACAAUCCAGAGGAUGAAGAACCACCAAAGAAAAAAUCAGCUUUCCAGUUGGCAUAUAACGCCUGGACGACCAGCUCGAAGACGGCUCUGAAGGAUGUGAAGAAGGAGAAGGAAAAGAUGAAGAAAGAAGAGAAGAAAGUGAAGAGGGAGUUUGAGAGACAGCAGGGGAUUGAUGGAACAGAUUCGAGUGAGGAUGAGCUGGAUGAGAGCUGUGUGGAGGAGGAGGCGGAAGAGGAGAAAGAGGACCUCCUGCAGCGCUGCGUCAGCACGCUGAAGUUCAGCUGGGUGUUCCUUCAGUCGCUGCUUGACGACCUGACGGAGGGUUUGAACUCCUUCUGUAAGGACAACCUGGACAUUUCCAAAGUGCUGCGCUUUGAGCGAGCUUUGCUCAGCCAGCAGCAGAAGAAGGGCAAAGAGGUGAGCCAGGAGAGUGUGAAGCAGUUUUAUGAAACCUGGAUGUCCCGUCAGACCACCCUGUCCUCUCAGGAUGACAUUGAGGAUUCUCUGCCUGCUUCUUCCUCACCACCUGCAGUCCCAUCGUCACUGCAGGCCUACACCAAACUGAAGAGCCAAGCCUCCAAAAUGUCCUGGGGCAGCAGUGUGUCCAGCUGCAUGACAGACGAGACGAUGCUGGUCUCCAGGCAGCCAACCCAGGAGGAGCUAGACGAGCCUCCUGCUGUGCCUCCUUGUGUCACUCCUGCUGCGCCUCCUGUUGCACCUCCUGCUGCAGACCAACUCAGGCGAAAGCUCCUGAAAAGCACCAACAUUGACCUGACCUCCUUUGACAAUGAAGAACUUUCACCAAGCUGGGAAGAGGGCCUUCUUCUAAAGGAAGACCAUGAAAAACAUGAAGAAAGUGAAGAGGAAGAAGAGCGUGAGAGAAAAGGUGACCAAGAACACGGAGACAAACAGGUGGAAGAAAAAGAGGAACAUCAUGAGGUGGAGCUGGAUGAGGAAACACAGCAGAGGCAAGAGGAUGAGUGCCCAGAUUAUCCAGAAUGCACCUCACUGGGUUUCAGAGCAGGUGAUAGUGAUGAGGAGAAAAGCCUUGAUCUCCCAGAAUCCCCGAGGCCUUUGAGUCAGGAAACGAGGAACCUCACUGCCAGCGAGCUGCUGCUCAACAACAUGUUUCAAAACGACGAGAUCUUUGAGUCUGAAAAGUUUUUCCACACCUUGCCGAGGCCGCUGAAACUGUUGUUCGCCCUCUACAACACCAUGGUGUCCAAGUCAGAAAUGUUGUGUUACUUUGUCAUCAUCCUCAACCACAUUGUGUCAGCGUCGCUCCUCUCCCUUAUCCUGCCCAUUCUCAUCUUCCUCUGGGCCAUGCUGUCCGUGCCACGACCCACCAAGCGCUUCUGGAUGACCGCCAUCAUCUACACAGAAUUGACAGUUGUGGUGAAGUACUUUUUCCAGUUUGGGUUCUUCCCCUGGACCACAUCGGCAUAUCGUGGCAUCAAUGCUGAGCGGCCCUUUGCCCUGCCCAACAUUAUUGGGGUGGAGAAGAAAAAUGGCUACGUGGUCUUUGACCUCAUUCAGCUGCUUGCUCUCUUCUUCCACCGUUCUAUUCUCAAGUGUCACGGGCUGUGGGACAAUAAAGAGGUUGAGAUGCCGGAUUUCUUUAAGAAAAUGAAGAAGAAAGUGGACAAAAAGAAGAUGACAGGCGAUAAGACGUGCAGUAAGAGGGAACCUGAGCACCGGCUAAAGUUCUUCCCUCUGCAGGCUUCCACCACCUCCAUUUUCCGCAGAAGAAAGAAAGACAGCUUAGCACAGUCUGAUGAGGUGAAACCCAAGAAGCAACACAAGAAUAAGAGCCGACGCUCACAAAAGGCUCCACUGACCAGGAAACAGAGGAUCAGACAGCGGAUCAGAGAGAGGAUGCUGCAGGCCAAAGCCGCCAUCAUCGAAGUUGCUCUUCAUAUUUACCUACCCAUCAGGCAGUUUUUCUAUGACAUCAUCCACCCAGACUACAGCCCUGUGUGCGACGUCUACGCUCUCAUGUUUCUGAUCGACGUUGUCAACUUCAUUGUCACCAUAUACGGAUACUGGGCCUUUGGGAAAUACUCUGCAGCAGCCGACAUCACAGAGUCUCUGUCAGAGGACCAGGUUCCUGAGGCCUUCCUGGUCAUGCUGCUCAUGCAGUUUGGGACCAUGAUCGUGGAUCGGGCUCUCUACCUGAAGAAGUCUCUCUUGGGUAAAUGUGUGUUCCAGGUGGUGCUGGUGUUCGGAAUUCACUUCUGGAUGUUUUUCAUCCUCCCCGGGGUCACAGAGAGGAGGUUCAACAGGAACCCGGUCGCUCAGCUCUGGUAUUUUGUUAAAUGCAUCUACUUUGGCCUGUCGGCUUACCAGAUCAAAUGUGGCUACCCAAACCGCAUCCUGGGCAACUUUCUCACCAAGAACUACAACUACCUGAACCUGUUCCUCUUCCAAGGGUUCCGUUUAGUUCCCUUCCUGACAGAGCUGCGGGCGGUGAUGGAUUGGGUUUGGACCGACACCACUUUGUCUCUGUCCAGCUGGAUCUGUGUUGAAGACAUUUAUGCCAACAUAUUUAUCCUCAAGUGCUGGAGGGAGUCCGAAAAAAAAUACCCCCACACUCCUGGACAGAAGAAGACGAAGGUGGUGAAAUAUGGGAUGGGAGGGUUCCUCAUCUUUGCUCUUAUCAGCAUCAUCUGGUUCCCCCUCCUCUUUAUGUCACUGGUCCAGUCAGCUGCCGGCGUGACCAAUCAGCCACUGACGGUCUCCAUUCAGCUCAGCAUCGCAGGAUACGAGCCUCUGUUCACCAUGAGCGCCCAGGAGCAGAACUUGGCUCCAUUCUCAGAAGCUGGAUUUAACCGCCUGAGUAAAGUCUACGCCACACAUCCUUCUGCGAUGCAGUUCAUCAUGAACUACGUGGCUGAGGACAUCGUUGUUGCUAAAAUAAAGAGUGAUGCCAGUCUUCUGUGGAGCAUCAGUCCAGCCAGUCGUGAGGCCAUGAUACAUGAGCUCAGCAACUCUUCUCACAUUUACAUGACUAUACGGUGGACGCUACUCAGGAAUGCUUCCAUAUCAAUGAAUGCAGAGACGGUGGGAGAACACACUGUGAAGUUUGUGGAUAAAGACUUGAGAGAAGGAAUUGUUAACAUGCUAAAAGGCAACGGCAGCAAACCCGUAAUCAUUCAUUCUCUGCUACCAAAGUUCAUCAGGGGUCCCAAAGGACCAGAGUCCAAAAUGGCAACCAGGAUGAAAGUAGAGCUCUCAGACCGCCCUGAUGUCCAGGCGCUGGCUUUCUUCAGGCCCAUGUCGGUCAGACUUCAGGUGGUGAAGGGAACGACUGACAAAGAGCGUGACCAGUGGUGGGUGGUGGAGGAAUGUUCUCCGGCUCCAAUCUCUUCCGCUCCCAGCUGUCACAGCAUAGAGAUCAUUGUGUUCAGUGACAAAGUCAGCCCCUCAAGUCUGGGCUUUCUGGCCGGACAUGGAAUCGUUGGUCUGUACAUGUCUGUAGUUCUCGUCAUCGGGAAGUUCGUCAGGGAAUUUUUCAAUGGCAUCUCCAGGUCCAUCAUGUUUGAGGAGCUGCCGUGUGUGGACCGGGUCCUGAAGCUGUGCACGGACAUUUUCGUGGUCCGGGAGACAGGAGAAAUGGAACUGGAGGAGACGCUGUUUGAGAAGCUGAUCUUCCUCUACCGGUCGCCGGAGACGAUGAUCAAGAUGACCAGAGAGAAGGAAGACGGCUAGGGAUGUGUGUGGCACCUGUUUCCUGGAGGACAGUCUGAAGUGGAGGUCAAAGGUGAAAUAACACCUGAGGACACGGACUCCAUAUAGCAGUGUCAAAACGAAAAUGUCCAGCAGAACAAGACGGCAGAUUGUGACAACACAACCAUCUGAUUUCAUCACAAAAUCCAUGAAAAUGUCCAGAGGUGGACCCAGUUACAACCACACACUCCGAAACAGCCGACCUCUACAGAGACGUUCCCACAGUAAUGAAUUAUUGCAUAAGAGUGGAUCGAGCAACUUGUUUAAAAAUAAAAGUAUUUAUGCUGAUAAUUUUGCCCAAUUAUAACCAGAGAUGCAGGAAUAAUUGGUUUAAC